CCAUCCUCUCUCAAGUCCCUACAAACCUCCCUCCACAUAUUUCACAUGCCUACAAAAUUUUUCUUCAUAUAUCACUACUAAUACAAAUUGACUCAAAACACUAAGGAACGUUACACCUCUCUUCUUGUAAACUCAGAACUCAGAAGAGAGAAAACUGUGGGAUUUUUUGUUUCCUCUCUCUUUCAGCAGAUUUUCAAAGCAGUAAAAUCAGCAAAAAAAAUUAUAACCGAAAAAAACUCCAAUGGGGACGAAAGCGCUAGUUUUUUAUCUUCUCUCAGCGUUUUCUGUGGCUGUUUUCUCUGUUUUUCUCGUUACUCAUUAUCAACAACAACAUCACCAAUUUACUCAUAUAUCUUCCCUCAAUUCUGCACUUUCUGAUACCCAGAAAGUCUGGCCUAAAUUGGAAUUUGGAUGGAGAAUUGCGGUGGCAAGUUUAAUAGGAUUCUUGGGAUCAGCCUUUGGAACUGUUGGUGGAGUUGGUGGUGGUGGCAUUUUUGUUCCUAUGCUUACAUUAAUUGUUGGGUUUGAUACCAAAUCUGCUGCUGCUCUUUCUAAAUGUAUGAUAAUGGCAGCAUCAGCAUCAUCAGUUUGGUACAAUCUAAGAGUGCAACACCCAACAAAAGAUGUGCCAAUUUUGGAUUAUGAUUUAGCACUUCUUUUCCAGCCCAUGCUUAUGCUUGGUAUCACUGUUGGAGUUGCUCUUAGUGUUGUUUUUCCUUACUGGUUAAUUACUAUUCUCAUCAUAAUUCUUUUCUUAGGCACGUCAUCCAGAUCGUUCUGUAGGGGGAUUAUGAUGUGGAAAGAGGAGACUCUUUUGAAUAAAGAAUUGGCAAAGCGGCAGGAUACAUUUUCUAAUUCCCGUGGCGAACUCCUUAUAGACACAGAGUAUGAGCCCUUAUGUCCUCAGGAAGAAAAAUCACCCAUGCAAGUUAUGUGCUCUAAUCUUAAAUGGAAAAGGUUACUUCUGCUAAUGAUUGUGUGGGUAUCUUUCGUGCUCCUUCAAGUCGUCAAGAACGAUAUUGGAGCAUGUACCACAUGGUAUUGGGUGCUCAAUCUUAUUCAGUUUCCAGUAGCUUUUGGAGUGUUUGGGUAUGAAGCUAUAAAGUUAUGUAAAGAAGGCAGGAAGAGAAAGAUCGCCGGGAACACAGAAACAGUUUGUGAAGCGUCCAUCGAAUUUACACCUCUAACCCUAUGCUUUUGUGCACUCUGUGGUCUCCUUGGAGGCACUGUUGGUGGUCUUCUGGGAUCUGGCGGUGGAUUUAUCCUGGGCCCAUUGCUUUUGGAGAUUGGUGUAAUUCCUCAGGUGGCGAGUGCCACAGCAACUUUCGUGAUGCUCUUUUCAUCAUCCUUGUCUGUGGUUGAGUUUUACAUUCUUAAAAGGUUUCCGAUUACAUAUGCCUUGUAUCUUAUGUCAGUUUCACUUAUGGCUGGCUUUUGGGGACAAUAUUUUGUAAGAAAACUAGUUGCAUUUCUUAAAAGAGCUUCCCUCAUUAUCUUCAUCCUCUCCGGCGUCAUCUUUGCUAGUGCUUUGACUAUGGGGGUUAUCGGGAUUGAGAAGAGCAUUCAGAUGAUUAAUAAUCACGAGUUCAUGGGUUUUUUGGAUUUCUGCUCGAGUCAAUGAUCUUUGAAUGAGUUCAUGAAUGAUGUACAAGUAUUGAAUUGUAUUCAUAUUUGAAACAUUAGUGCAAAAAUCAAAAAAAAAAGAAGUGGCUUGGUUAAUUUUGGUGCAAAGCAAUGGAAAAAUGUUGGUCAAUAUCUUAUUGACUGACUACCCAAAUCAUUGCCGUGAUCAAUAAUGGAGUAUUAUUGUGUGAUUUUGAGUGUCAGCUACUGGCUGACAGUCUUCACACAGUACUACAAUAGCAGUGUAAUUAGCUUCAUGAUUUUGUCGUCCCUUUUCCUUUCCAAUUAUUUAGUGAUCAAAGAACAGGAAUUACUUCUUUUUCUAAA